AUGAAUGAAGAGGUAUCUACUGACAAAGAUAAUGAACCAUUUUCUCUUGACCUUGUUGAUCCAUCAAAUUGGGGAAAUAUGAAUACAAAUUUAAGAGAUUUAAUUGUAAUGAAAGGUCCUGUAAGAGAAAAUGAUCUGAUUUUUCCGAAAGAUGGAGCAAAUCGACACUUCUUAUCCACACAUUACAUUCGACGAUUACCUAAUAGAGAGAAGUAUGAUAGAAAAUGGUUGAUAUAUUCAAAAAGUUUGGAUAAAGUAUUUUGCUUUUGUUGUAAGCUAUUUAAGAAUGAUGGGAUUAGAACCCAAUUGGCACAUGAUGGAGUAAAUGAUUGGAAAAAUGUUGGUGAAAAACUUAAAAUGCAUGAAGCAGGUUGUGACUACAUCAAUAACAUGAAUAAAUGGAUAGAAAUGGAAUUAAGAUUUGAAAAGAGUAAAACAAUUGACAAAAGUGUGCAAGAACAAAUCAAUAGAGAUAGAGAACAUUGGAAACAAGUAUUAUUGAGAAUAAUAUCUGUGGUGAAAACUCUUGAUGAGAAUAAUUUAGUAUUUCGUGGGGACAAUGAGAAGAUAUAUCAAGAAAAUAAUGAUACAAGUCACGAAGAACAAAUGUCAAUGAUAUUGAGGUGUGUAGAUAUUUCAAUAAGUCCAGUGAAGGUUGAAGAAUUCUUUUUAGGAUUUUUAUUGGUGGAUGAUACAUCAG